AUGCUCGAGCUAUGGGAGCGCAAUAGUGGCGCCAGAAAGAAAGGGGUUGUGAUGGGCUUUAGCAUGAAAAAAAACUUCAGAGCACAACUAUUUGGUAACGAUGAAGCUGAUGAUGGCUUCGCGCAUUGCGGAAACUCGUCACUCCAUGUCGAGCUUGGAACCGGCAAAAGCGUAGUUUACAAGAACUUUGCACCGGAAAUUGCACUCCACGGCAGUAGUCUAGAUCUCGUGGCUAGUGGUCGAUCAAGGUCCAUCAACGCCUGCUAUGCCAAGCAUCACAGUCUUGGCUCACCCACUUUGACGCGCAAGCGCACAUAG